UCACAGGCGCUGUGUAUAAGCCUCGACGUGGUCUUGAAGUUCAUAAGUUCGCAAUGUCCUUCAGGAUGGCAGUAGACGGCCUCCAGUACGACGUUGUACUUGAGGGAUUUGGUGACACGCAGCUCAUCUUGUAGUAUAUCGAGCACCACUUCGUUAGCAGCUUCAAUAAAUGGCGAUCAUAAUCAUGGCCCUAGCAGCAAAACUCAACACCCUGGAGAAAGGACCAUACCUCCCUAAGAUCGACGUUUCGGCGCUUACUAACAAAGAGGGCUACUCCAUUGUGGCAGGGAGGGCAGUAAACACCAAAUACGGAGCGUCCAUCGUCCUAGACAUCCAUGUGCCAGAAAAGAGUGCCGACUUCUGUAUAUUCUUACCGAAGCGGUUCAGCGAGGCGUUGAGUUCAGAUGAACUGAAGGAAAUCGCUGAGAGCAAGGCAUAUCGGGUUCAAUACUUGGGGAUGAGCGGGAACUCUCCGAAUAUAAAAAUUUGGAAACAAUAAAUGUUUGAUAUUU